CGUCUGUGGUUAAAAUGUUUCUGGAAUCAUUGAAUCGCAGUGUAGACAACCGUUUUUGUAUUGAGCAUAGGAUGUGGGCGCUUCGCGUUGUUGCGAUGUAAGAAGCACAGAAUAUUAAAUUUAUGGUUAAUUUGGAUAAAAAAGCUUUGGAAACAAUCUGAAAUGUUGUGCAAUUAGCAUUAACCUACGAGUUAUGUUAAUAUCUAUACAUUUUAUUUUAUGUAUUUUUGUAAUCUAAAGACACAAUGGAUCAAGAACUUAUUGAAAAAUUUAUCGAAGUAACGGGGGAGAGUGAAGCCACAGCUCAUCAAUAUCUAUCAUUAACCGAUGGAAAUGUGGAAACUGCAAUAAGUCUAAUGUUUGAUAGUGGUCAAGCACCUGAACCGUUACGCACACCUGAUCCAGAACCAGAAGUGAGACCUCCCAUUUUACCAGUGCAGGAAGUUUUGGUUCCAUCUGGUCCAAUAUGUUCUCUUCCAAGAUUAUCAACUAAUGUAUUUGACAGAUUUAGGGAUUUUGCAGUAGAAACCCAACGACAAGAAGAAGAAAUGACAAGAAAAGUAGCUGGGGUGAAGCAACUGUCUUAUUGCAAAUCAAAAAGACUGGAGGACUUAUUUCGUCCACCAUGUGGUAUUCUCUUUCUGGGUUCCUUUAUGGAAGCCCGUGAACAUGCCAAAUCAUUAAACCGUUGGUUACUUGUAAAUAUUCAAAACCCGCAAGAAUUUUCUUGUCAAAUCCUUAACAGAGAUGUAUGGUCCAACCAACAGAUUCAAGAAAUUGUAAAGGAUCAUUUCGUUUUAUGGCAAAUUUUAUCAAAUACAAGUGAUGGUAGUCGUUAUGUGCAUCUAUAUGAUGUAUAUGAAUACCCCUAUCUAGCAGUAAUAGACCCUAGGACAGGAGAGUGUAUCAGAACUUACAAUCAUAUUACUGUAGAUAUUUUAAUGUCUGCUUUAAAUGACAUGUUGAGCUCGCAUCCAUCACCGGGAUGUGUAACAAAUAAUUCAAUUCAUUUAAAAAAAUGGAAUAACUGCACUGCCACAUCAACGAAAGAAAGUUCUGCGUCCAAUUCGUCAGAUUGUAUUAGUAAUUCUGUUAAGGCAUUUAAACAUACAAUUGAUAAUUUGGAUGAUUCGGAUAUUACAAAUGCUACGACAGCUAUUCAGAAUUCAAGUACAAGUAUGUCAGUUGAUACAUUUGAAAAUAUAUCUAAAAAAAGAAGAAUGAAUGAAUCGAGUGAAUUGAACGAGAAAAAUCAAGAAACAAGUUCAAAGAACGAACGAUCGUACGAAGUAAAGUCCGAUAUAAACGAGACUAAAACCGAUAGUGCAUCUGCUCUAAGACUUUGUUUAAGACUGCCGAAUGGUAAGAAAGAAACAAUAUCAAUGUCCGCCGCAAAUACUAUAGAAGACUUCGUAAAUAAAAUGGAAAAUAUGGGUUACGCUUCUACCGAGCAUACUUAUUUAGUACCGUUUCCCAAAACAAACAUUGGGACGCUUUCUCCUCAAAUACAUUUAUCAGAUACGAUUUUAUUUCCAGCAAAUACAGUAUUUAUAACAAAAAUAUAGUGGUCUGUUAGAUGAUCUAUUAUAGCCCAAAUAUUUCCUUUUAACU